AAAUAUUUUAGGUUAUGUUAUACGUAAUCAUAACAAUGUUUACAAUUAACAAUCAUCGAAUAUUUAAUUUAAUUAAUAAUUAAAACAUUGUGAUUUUUUAUUACUUAUUAAUCGAAUUAUGGAGAAUAUUUUCGAAGAAGUGGGUAUACCAAAGAAGUACCUGAAAUCCACCUCGAGAGAAGAUAGGUUUAUAGGUUUAGUCCACCGUAGUUGGUUAAAGUCGUUAGUGAAACAUUCCCGGUUAACGGAUUUUACGGAAAAAUCAAAAUUUGAUGCUUGGCCAAGUUCGGAUGAAGAUUUAGGACAAUCAUGGAUGAAAAUUUUUAUUGGCGUCUAUAAAAAACAUGAAGUUAAAGUGAUGCCUUUGCCGAGAGUACGAAAUCAUAAUGUCAAAGAUGAACCACCUUUGUUAUUUGCACAGUUAAUCCAAUACGUUGCCCAAACAAACUACAAAAAUUUAUGGAAAGAAUCGUAUAAAAAAUACAAUUUAUAUAACGAAAACAACAGAGAAUCGCAAAUAACCUUAACGGAUUAUAACGAUGUUUUAAGAGAAAUUUUAAUAAGAACUUAUGGGUGUAAAAUAAUUAAUAUUUGCGUUCCAAAUGAAAUCAGUGAGAAUUCAAAAACAUUCCAUGUGCAUUCGAAUGUUUUACCGGCCGUUUGUGGAGUUGAAACAUUAAAUGCAAUCUUUUUAUUGCACAUUCCGUUUAUCGAGCACAAUUUAAACGAUUGUGUUACUUUUAGCCCUGCAAUUCUAGAAAAGUGCUACACAAAACCUUUAUUUAUAAUAUACCAAUUAUUAAAUUGUUUAAAAUCAUUACACGAUCGGAGUUUGACAAUCGGUGAUAUUACUUUAAGCGAUAUUUAUUUAAACGAUGAUUUAUGGUUGAUGAUUUUUCCACAAUUAAAAUCGAACUUGUACGUACAAGAUCCGCCUAUAAAAGAUUUUAAAAAAUCGCAGAACUCUUCGUACGAUUGCUCAAAACACGGCCAUGUUUUCGAGAACUUUAAAUGUAUUUAUUGCGGUAUUAAAACUUACGAUAAAGUACAAGUUAGUAAUGAGAGUUUGGAGAAGUUGUGUCAGUUGUGGAUUGAAGGGCAAAUUUCUAAUUUCACUUAUUUAACGGCGUUGAAUAAUUUAUCGGGCAGGAAAUACGGUGAUCCGAAUUGCCACCAUGUUUUUCCGUGGGUUUCGGAUUUUUCAUCGAGGUGUGGAAAAAAUUGGAGGGAUUUGAAGAAAUCGAAGUAUCGCUUAAAUAAAGGUGACCGUCAAUUAGAUUUAAUGUAUGAGUGCUCAUCAAAGGAGACCCCCCAUCACGUUUCUGAUGUUCUUUCAUCGAUAACUUAUUACGUUUACAUGUCAAGGAGGACCCCAAAAUCAGUUCUUUGUAAAUACGUCCGAACAAAUUGGGUCCCAGCCGAAUACCCCAGUUCAAUUCAACGCUUACAAGAGUGGACCCCCGAUGAAUGCAUCCCAGAGUUUUUUAAUGACCCCUCUGUUUUUCGAAGCAUUCACGAUGAUCUCGAUGACCUUGAAGUGCCACUUUGGUGCUCUGGCCCUGAGGAUUUCGUCGAGAAGCAUCGGGAAAAUUUGGAAGGGGGACAUGUUUCUGAAAGAUUACAUCAUUGGAUUGAUCUUACGUUUGGAUAUAAGUUGUCAGGCCAGGCUGCAAUAAAAGCCAAAAAUGUUUGUUUACAAUUAGUUGAUGAUCACUCAAAUUUAACGAGUUCGGGAAUAGUCCAACUCUUUACACAACCACAUCCCCCAAAAACAAUAAAUAAUUUAUUUUGGGGAAAAAUCCCGCCGAAAAUUUACAUCAAAAAAUCACAUAAAUACAAAAGCCGCGAUCACAGCUUAUCAUCAAUAACAGUGGAAACUGAGAAAAGUGAAGAUGAAUUAGAAGACGAUCUUUGCGAUUCAAACGUUUGUAAUUGGUCUCCGUUGGGGUUCACAAAGAUUUUAUCCCGAAGCCGCUCCUCUCUAAACGAAGAACAAAAAGAGAAUAAAAUGUCGCGGAGUCCAAGUGGGCAAAGAAGCGCUAGUUUAGGUCCGAAAAAUCCCACCUUUAUGUCGCACGUUACCCCACAAAAAGCAAAACCCAAUCAACUCGCAGUUCCAUCAUCAACGUUAAACACCGGAAUAAUUUAUUUACCGAAAGAAUACAACCCAGCACAAUUAUUAACCAACUUAGAAAACAAACACGGAUUUUAUUCAAAAACUUUCCAUUCGGAGAAGAGUCGAAAAAUAAUUUUACCCGAAAACAAAAUUGGGCAAGAUUUUUUUGGUGAUGACACGAUUCAAAACGCUUUUACGAAUCGGAUUUUUACCGAAGCUUUCGAGGGGAAACGUAAAAAUUCUAAGAAAUCGUAUUCAUUCCCGAUUUAUGAUCAACCUCAACGAAAUAAAGGCGAUUUAAUCGAAAAUUUCAAAGUAAUGUGUAAUUAUUUGGAAAUAAUUUCGUCAAGAAGGACCAAAGAAUUACAAAUUUUGGGUUGUUUAAUCAUCGAGAUCUUCAUGAACAAACAAAUACGAACAUUAAAAAGUACGGAUUUAAAUCGUCGAGUUACUAAUCGUGGAUUAAACGAGCGUUUAAAAACUUGCAUAUCGAUUUUAAGGAGUUCGAAUGACAUCCCGUUUUGUAUCCGUUACAUCGCCAAUUUGUUAUUGCAGCCUGAUCAAGUGAAUUUGAAAGAAUUUAAAUAUCCGGUUGUUACCGAUGUUGGGUUACCCCCACCAAGUGCUCAUUUACUUUUAGAGCCGCUAAAUUCUUCCAUUCCAUUUACACCGAAAUACUUAAUUUUAUAUGGUUUAUUAAAAAAUAUUAAAAAUUUCGAAAAUGUUUCCCAGGAAUUAUCAGUUUUGUAUCAUUUCGAUUGCGAUGGGUUUUUAUGCACGGAAUAUGAGACGAUUGAAAGAACUAAAGUGCUUUUUGAACAAAAUAUCGGCGAAUGCAAAGUAAAAGCGUGCGCUAAAAAUAUGGAGUUUUUAUUAAAUAAUUUAAACACUUCAACAGAAAUUGAUUUGAUUUAUAUCUUAGUACCUUACAUAAAAACGAUGAUUGAGUAUCCUCCAACUUCCGUUUUGGCGGCUUGGUACUUAUUCGAUCCGAUUUCGCAAGUGUUAGGGCCCCAAAAAUCGUCGGAAAUAUUUUUGGAAUCAAUGCUAAAGUUGUAUGAAAAUGAACCAAGCGAAAACACAAUUCCUUAUAACAGCAAAAUCGCUAAAUUAUAUCACCACACUUUUUUGAUGCGAUUAAUCAUCCGAUUUGGCUUAAAAAGGUUCUUAGAUAAUUUUGUGACGUCAUUGGUUGAAGCUGUUGGAAGAUAUCGAGAUUACGAUAAAGUUGAUUUUAUUUUGCACACACACGAGAAGAUAAUAAGGAAAACGUCUCAUCUAAAAACGAUUGAUGCCGAGGAGUUGUCCCCAGGAGAUGAGUCGAGUGAAUCGGAAAAAAAUAUUUCUAUUAAAAAAGAAGUUGAAGUUGUAGUAACGGAACCGGAGGUUUUUGAGUUCGAACAAGAAGGGGAGGAGCCUUUAAAAUCGCUUAUAGAACAUUUAGAAUUAAACGUAGCCGAGGAAGUUUAUGAAGAAAAUUUCGAUGAUUUAAAUAAUGCUCAAAAGUUAGCGUCCCCAACGAUUCCUAUUCCGUCAUCAUCUCAAUUAGGAAACAUUUCCUGCGAAAUUGGUAGCAAAAAGAGCUUUGAAUUCGACGAAUCAACUUCGUAUUCGGAACCCAGCACGAGCUAUGAUUCAAAUUAUUUAUUGAAACGUCAAACAACACGGAAUGAUUUAAAAAUAUCGGAUGCAAGCGCCGAUAGCUUAAUGUGGUUAUCUCAUCGUUUGGGGCCCGUUCUUUCCGCGCGAUAUUUAUCGAGGAAUUUAUUAAAAAUGCUCACACUGUGUUAUGUUGGAAAAGACAAUUUAAUGCCGCUAGAAAAGAACGAAAAUGGAUCAUUAUUUAAUGAAAAUUUCGAUUUAAACGUGGGAAAUUCAAAUGUUAUCGGAGACCGAAACGCUUCCAAAGUUUUAGAUUGUCUGGGAAGAAUCGCCGCUUUGUAUGGGGAACAAUUCAUUUUAUUGCAAUAUUUUCCACAUAUGAGCGAAUUAAUUGCUUUGUGUAAACGGAAAUUAACGCUCAAUUUAGAAGGGGGACUUAUUUCGUGUUUGUCGUUGUUGAAACACGUUAUUCCUUAUUUGGCCGAUUCAACUUUAAUGGAACAUUUAGAUGAUGACAUCUUAAAAAGUAUUCUCCAUCCAUGCGUACGUCUCUUAGGAUCAACUAAAUACGCUUUUCCUAAUGGCUCGAUUUCACGGAAUGUUCUCGCAAGGAAAUUUAUCGAUACUUUGUAUAUAUUAUCGUUGAGAAUGGGGGCCGAUAAUACGCGAACUAAACUCGCUGUACCUUCGCUGCAAAGAUUUUUCAUGAUUUUUGAAAAAAUUAAAGAGGAUGGAUAUUUUAAUACGAUAAGAAUACGAAAUAAGAAUUUUGCUAAAGACAAUUUAAUUGAUACUCUUGAAGAAACUUACAUUGAACUUCGAAGGGAUGGCUCAUUCACCGAGUGGACCGUUAAGCCAGGGGAAAUUGUGCAAAAAAUUCGAGAAACUGAUUCCCCCGAUAGUAUUUCACCACCUACAGAAACGAAUAAAUCACAAAAUGAAACUACUAUUGAUCAAGCAAUGGAUGAAUUAAAAAGUGUUUUUACGUCCGAGUUAGCACACACUGCCUAUAUACCAUUUUUAAAACAAAUCGGUCUCGAAUCAUUAGAAAUCUCAUUAAAAAACCACUCAACCGUCCAUGCUUUAUGUCAAAAAUAUGUUGAAGAUGAAAAAAUAACCACCCCAGAAACUAAUAAUCCCACGAUAAAAAUCGAAAAUCAAGGGCCUACACCAAUAAAAGCAAAUCAAUCGCGAACGAAUGUAGCGUUAAUUGGAAAUCGAAUCGAUUUACAAACAACAUCAGAAGAUAUCUCCUCAUUCCGAAACCCGGAUAUAAUCCAAAAUACAAGUCGACAUUUACGAGGGAAUUGGUUGGCUUAUUGGGAACAUGAAAUUGGACGACACGAUAAAGAUACAAUGUUUAAUUUUAAACAAAUAAAGCUUCAAAAUUUCACGGGGCACACUCAUUCGGUAAAAUCAUUAUGCGUUUUAGAUAACGAAAACAGCUUUUUAAGUGGUAGUAAGGAUAAAGCGGUGAAAUUGUGGUCUUUGAGGAGUCAAGGUGAUGGCUCUAACAUCUGUAACUGCCAAUGGACGUACACUUCGCAUCGCAAAUCAAUUUUAGCAAUCACUUUCGUCGAGGCUAAUCGCUUGAUUGCUUCAUGUGAUGGAACGGUGCAUAUUUGGGAUCCCUUUGUAGGCCAAUUAAUUGAAGUGUUAGAAAAUCCAAGAAGUCCACCUGUUAAUACAAUUAAAGCCAUGCCAGUACCUAGCACGCAAAUUUAUGCGGCCACAACUGAAGGGAUGCUUCGAAUUAUUGAUGUAAGAACUUGUUCGUAUACUCACGAUUUAAAAGUAAAUGUAAAUCAAGGUAAUUUAAUAAGAUGUAUAGCAGUUUCGAAAUCGGGAUUAUGGUUCGCCGCCGGACAAUCUUCCGGCCACAUAACCGUAUUGGAUUCAAGAACGGGUCAAAUUUUAGCAACGUGGAGAGCCCAUGAAAGUGAAGUGCUCCAAUUGGUGACGCCGGAUGAUGAAACGUUAAUUUCAAGUAGUUUGGAUCAAAACGUUUCCAUUUGGAAUGUAGCUGAUGGGAAAUUUAAGUUCUCUAUGAAAUUAUUUUCAUUGUGUAGGGGAACCACCGAACCAGUUCACUGCCUUAAUCUUUACAAUUCCGAGUUGAUUUCCGGAACAACUGCGAACCGAAUUGGAGUGUAUACAUCAAUCGAUGUUGAUGCGUCUUUUUCAAGCACCAAAUUAAGAUCGGAUGCUUUUAAAGGGAUUUUAACGUCCAUGGCGGUUUUACCGUUGAAUCGUUUAUUACUUCUUGGUGCUGAUAAUGGAAAUAUUACUUUAGUUUGUUAAUUAAUUUUCUUUUUUAAUAAUAGCCCUAGUCAAUUUUCAAAUUUAGGAUUAGGAGUGAAUAAGUAUUAUUAGAUCCCAAAAAAAAAUUGAAAUAAUAAAUGAGAUUAAAUAUAAAAUGAUAUUGUUAGGUGUUAUGUAUAUUUGUAGGAAAAUCUUUAUUAUAAUAUAUAAAAUUACCCAAG